AGUCCAGACGGGGGGGAAGAGGCUUCUCCGGGCACACGGCACUUGCCUCAUGGCCUGGCGCGGGCGAGACCAGCGCGCUCCCUGGCCAGCCUCAGGCGGCAGCAGGCCAGGCGGCCCGUGCGGGCCGUGGCGCCGCCUCCUCUUCACCGUGGCCCUGGUCUGCCCUCUGCCCGCGGCCUCGGGCUGCCCGGACGUGUGCCUCUGCUCCUCCGGGGAGGUCAACUGCGUGGAGCACAGGCUGCGCUUUGUGCCCCCCGACCUGCCGGCCAACGCCACCAGCAUCCUGCUGGACUACAACCACAUCGCCGCCCUCCAGAACCACACCUUCGUGGCCCAGGGCGCCCUGCGCCGCCUGAGCCUGCGCAGCAACGCCCUGGCCUGCAUCCACCCCCAGGCCCUGGCCGGCCUCGGCCAGCUGCAGGAGCUGGACCUGAGCGGGAACUACCUGAGCGCCCUGCCGCCGGAGGCUUUCCUCCCGGUGCCGGCCCUGAUCCGGCUCGACCUGGGGCACAACAGGCUGCAGGAGCUGAAGCCGGAGCUGCUGGGGGCCCUGCCUCGCCUCCGGGACCUGUCCGUGCACGGCAACGCCCUGGCCUCCGUCUGGCCGGGCACCCUCGAGAGCCUGCCCGCCUUGCGCCGCCUCAAGCUGGACGGGAACCCCUGGGCCUGCUCCUGCGGCAUCCAGCCCCUCUUCCAGUGGCUCGUCAGCAACGCGGACAAAGUCCCAGAGGUGAAUGCCGUCUCCUGCCAGCGCCCAGCGUCCCUGGCCCAGCACCCCAUCGCUGCCAUCAGCAACGCCUCGUUCGCCCGCUGCCAGGAGGCCUGGCUGCGCCCCCGCGACUACGCCGUCUUCCUGUUCGUCGGCCCGGCGGCCUUCCUCGCCAGCAUCUGCUUCUGCGUCCUCCUCGGCUCCCUGGCAGUGGCCCGAGAGAGGCAGGCGGCCAUGUCCUACAUUCGGCCCGGGGCGUUGGCGAGGCGUGCAGAACGGAGCCCACGCCAGACUCCACCCCAGCUCGCUGCCUCCGUUUCUGGCAACUCGCAGCCCUUCCAGCUGUUGCAGCCUGGCCGUGCCAUUGCAUGCGUGGUACAGAUCCCCUGA